AUAUAAUGAUUCAAAACCACACAGCAAAUCUGUAUUCUCUGCUGCUAUGUCUUUCUCGUUUACAUGGACUAUUCUACUCUGCCAGUGUGUUCUAUACUAUGUCACAGGUAUGGACAUGCCCCAUGAUCUGCAUCAGCCUAUAAAUAUUACUACAGUGUCUCGGAACCUUAGGCUUUUUCUCACAUGGCUUCCAGCUCCCGAGAAUCCUCCAAAUGUAAAAUAUAGACUGCAAUACAGACUCGCUACAGACAGUAAAUGGAACACUAUCGACCUUUGCAACAAUUUCAGUGCAACUGAAUGUGACUUGACAUGCUAUCUAAAAGAUUAUACACGUGCUUACAAAAUUCGUGUCAGAGCAGUGUAUAAAAAAUCGGUCUCUCCGUGGGCAACUUUUGGAAAUAUAACAUACAUGUUUGAAGUUGAGCCUGGCCCACCGGUACUGCAAGUUAGACAGGGGAAUGACAGUAUAAUUGUUAAUGCCUCCAUAGAGAAGCCAUCUUGUCUCAGUUACCUUUAUGAUCUGAAAUAUGAUGCAAGAGUAUGGCAGGUUGGAGAAUCAGAGACUACUUAUACCGACAACAUAAUCAAUUCUGAGCUGGUAAUUGGAACUUAUGGACAUGAAGGAAACUAUUGUGUAGCAGCCCAGACUAAAUAUUUAAUUGGUAAACUAAAAUUGAGCAAGUUCUCAAGCCCUGUUUGUCAGAUGAUAAUUUACAAAGAUCAGAAAGCUCAGCUUUGGCAACUAAUGGCAGGGUUGUCAAUUUCAACGGCACUGAUCAUCUCUGGAUUCCUUCUUUUUUCAUGCAGAAGUUGCUAUAGAAAUCAUGAAGUGAAAAUGCCUGAUUCAUUGGAUUUUUCACAGUACAGAUGUCCAAUGGCAGCUCUAUCUGGUGAAUGUAUUGAAAAACAUGAUGACGUUACCGUCAAGUCUUCAGAUGUUAUUUCUGUUGUUCUUACUGGAGAUGACACUGAUACAAGUUGUGAUUUUGGAUAUACUGAAAAAUGUACAUUGCAUGUACAAGCAGCUAAUGACAGAACUAAUAGUUCACAACUAACUUGCUACAAGUAUACAUCUUCCAGAGGGUUAUUGGCAGAUUGCCAAAGUGAUAAAUAUUCUACAUCUGACAUGAGCUGUGAAGAAUGUGACAAUUCAUCAGGACCAUUCAUUCAAGGCAUUUCAAUACUGGAUAAAGUUCAGAUUGGACAUAGUAUGUUAAUAGCAAAUAUGAAUCAAGUUAAACCUCAAACCCACAAUCCAGAGGAAUUUCAGGUUGCCCAGUCGACAAAUUUACUGAAUCAACUUCCUAAAGACAUAUCUUUAUGUAAACUAGUUGGGGAUAUCUGCAUGUUAAACAAAAAGCAAAAUGUGCAUUUUGCAUCAUUAAGAAUUGCAAACAUCAGUGACCAGAUGGAGAACUCAGACAGUGAAUCAUGUGACCAGUUCCUUUCAGACUCAGAAGAUAUGAUAGAGGAGCUACAUAGUUCUCCAAAAGACUUAGAUUCACAAAGAAGCAAAUGUUCAGGUUAUGAAAAGAGGAGUUAUAUGUCUAGGGAAUGCUGAGACUGUGGAUCUUUUUGCUAAUGCAAAAGUUAAACUGCACUCUAUGAUUGCUCAUUAUAUGAAGACUUUUUGUGAUUAUUGGCCAAUGAAUUUAGCAGAUAUUCCAUUUUGACAUGGAAGGAAUUGCUAUUUAGGGAUAAUACACAUUUAUCCUGCCUUUGUUUAAAAUGUGUAACACAUUUUUGUUUAUAUAUACUGUGUAUAUCUACAUUUAUUAAAACACCAGCAGUUGCAAAUAAUUCUCUAUGGGAAUUUUAGGCUGAGUUAAGGUAAGUGUAAAGUAUGAUCUUGUGCAUACAAACAUUUACCUAGAAGGUUUAUUUACAAUUUAGGAUGCACAUUUUUGUCUUAUAUCCCAUAUUUCUCCUUGUUAACAUGUCACUUGGCUGAAAAUAUUUCUGAACUAGCCUAACCAUGAAAGUGCCUGCACUUUGUAAUAGUGCAUUAAUGCACUUUAUUCUUCCACUACAUACCCCAAAAUUAAAUAAGAUGCAAAAUGUGUUGUAA